CAAUGUAAAAUAAUCAACAUGUGUAACUUCAAUAAGAAAUGACACCCACUCCAAGUGAGGGAUCAAUAUCUUAAGUGGUUUAUCCAUCAAUACAGAAUUAAUAAAUCUAAAUAGGACAACCAAUAUAAUAAUAAAUACCAGUUUAAUAAAUUAUACAUCAAGUUCCUUAUUAAUAAUCUCCUUAUUCUUAAAAUGAAUAACCAAUUUAUAAUCCAUAAUAACCAAUUCAAUUAAGUAAGAUAAAUUAUCAUAAUAGUUUAACCUAUAUAUUCUAAAUACCCAAGCAUAAUAACAUGUGUUUAUUGUUAAAGAUAAGUACAAACUGUUGUAAAUUAUGAACCAGGCACUGGAACUUACGUAGUUGGAGGGAUAUUGGCAGCUGUUGGAUUAUGGUUAGGGUAUGUAUAAUUUUAAAUUUAAAGUUGCUGUUUAAUACCAUGUUUCAUCUAGGAUUGUAAAGAUGCUGUUCACUUUUGUCCUUCUUGUCAAGCCAAUGUAGGAAAGAAGAGAUUUAUUUUUGAUUGAU